UAAUGGAGUUUUGUUGUGUUUAUUAAUAAAAUAUUUUAUAUAUGUAGUUUACUGUCUGUUCUUUGUACUCAGACAUUUGCAAUGCAACACUGUAGUAUUUAAAAACCUACCAAGCACAAAUUCAAAUAUUUUAAACGCUCUAAACGUCAAAACUGAAAAAAAAGCGGAAGAGAAAAAGUAUAUUCGUAAAAAGCGGCAUUUAGAUAUAUAAUGUGAAUACAGUAAUCAUGGUUUAUGAAGCUAAAUUGAUACGCCUGGAUAAAAGUGGCGAAAAAGUUGAAGAAUAUAUUAUAAAUAAAAAAGAAUUUACAUUUGGUAAAUUUCCGUUUUGCGAUGUUUCUAUAGACGAUCCAAGAGUAGAGCGCGUCCAUUGUAAAUUAGUAAUAGACGCAUGGGAUCGGGUUAAUAUAAUUAAUUGUUCAAAUGAGCAUCCUAUAAAAAUCAACAAUGUAUCAAUUGAAGUGAAGAGACCUCUCCUACAUAAACAUGUUUUAGAUGUACUUGAAAACAAAUUUAUUUUUGAAUGUAAGCGCAGUGAUAGUGAAAACAAUUUUACAACACCUCAAAAGUCUGCUAAUGCUGAUAGGGCACCAAAUUCGUGUCCUGAUUUAAGGUUUUCUCAUCAUUACCCACGACGGUUUACUGUUCACAGUUUUUUUUAUUCCACGUAUACUGGUGAUGAUAUCGAGAAAAAGGAUACUAAUAAUGAAAAUAUAUCUCAAAUUAAUUCCUUAACCGAGGUGAACGAAAUAGAAAAGGACAAAAAAUGUAAUGUUGAUGAUAUAACUGAUAGCACAUGUAAUUUGUCUGGUUUAAAUUUACAUAAUGAUAUCGCAAAAAUAAUGGUUAUUGAUUCUACACCAGACAAAAAAUGUGAAAUAUUAAAACAAAAUAUUUGUUUAAAUUACUCAGACAUGAAGAUCACAUCAUUCUCUCCACGCAUUGCUGGAGUACAAAUAGAGAAAUCCUUUGUAGAUUUCAUAUCAUGCACUCCAAAAAGUACGUACAGCACACCUAAAGGCGUUAUGCCAAAGAUGUACAAAGCUAAUCAAAGUUUGAAAUAUGUGACUCCGAAUACUUCUAAAAAAAGGUAUUUACAAGAAGCACCAAAUUCACCUAUGUAUUUAGUAGAUUUCACAACUCCUAUUAAAUUCGCACCAAAAUCUCCGAUUCCUAAUUUAUUGAUUAAAUCUUGUAAUAAAAAAGAAACAUCUAAAUUAGAAAUGCCUAGCUGUAGUAAGCCAUCUAGUACGCCAAUAUAUCGAAAGAGUGUAUCAUUAGAUACUCCAAUAAGUGUGGAAUCUAGUGCUUCGUCAAUUAUAGAGAUAGAUGAUGAUUCUGAUGCUAUUAUAAAUAGUGCUAGUAAAACUCCAACCAAACGUUUUACUGCUAAACUAACAACACCCAAACGCUCUUCGCCAUCAUUAAUGAAGCGUAUAUUAUUAAAAAGCACACAAAAAUCUAAAGCAGGUUCUAUUUUGUCAAGAACUCCUACUACCCCAAAAUUACAUAAAUCGAUUACACCUCGUCGCCUUGCACAAAAUAGCCGACAAUAUGAAGUUAUGAGAGAUAAUUCACUUUCUUUAAUGUCUGAAGAACAAUUACAGAAAACAACACCUCAUAUUUUACAGAAAUUAAGUGGAACUAAAGAAUCUGACUUUGAUUUAAAGAAUAAAAAUAAUUUAACAAUUGAUUGUAAUAAUGGUAGCUCUAAAACUGAUUCGAUUGAUUCGAAUAUAGUAUCAGAGAAUUUUGGUGAAACUGUUGAAACUUCUGUUAAGAAUUUAAAUGAAACUUUCGACUUAAGUGCAAAAGACAACAUAAUGACAGAAAAAAAAAUUGAAAACGAUGUAGAAAACGAUAUAUGUUUGACGAAAGAAAACAAACACUCAAAUAGUAAAAUGGAAUUUCUGUUUGACGAAGAAUGCUUUAACGAAACUCAAAAAUUACAGACUAGUAAAGAUAACAUAGUUAGUAAAGAUAAUAUAGAUUGUAAGGAAGUAAACACCAGUGAAAAUAAUCGAAAUGAUCCAUUAAAUAAACGGCGCAUUGAAAGAAGAGUAUCUAUGCCUACAGAACUUGCAUCAAAGUGUACAAUUCAGUUUAGAAGAACUUCAUUGAAAUCAGAAAGUUUAAAUAAAACUCCCAUACGUAUAAGGUCGUUUAAAGCCUUGGAUACUGAAUUAAAAGAUCAAUACGUAGAAGAGAGUAUGGGCGCAAUUGUUGAAGAUUCAUAUACUGAAGAAACAAUUAUUAAAGAUAGUGCAAGUUCAGUUACAGUAAAAAAUGCAAGCAUUGGUAUGAAAAGUGAAAUCUCUAAUAUAGAAGAACUCAAAUCUAUGUUUGAUAAUAGACAAAAUGAACGCAUUUAUGAAGUUUUGGAUGAUUCUGAAUAUAACUAUGGUAAAGAAGUAUUAAAAUGUGAAGAUGAUGUAAGUGAAACGGAAUUUGAAGGUGUACAAGAAUUACUCGCUACGCCAAGAAUAAGCAGUACACCAAUUCCAAAGAAUAAUAAAACUGAUGAAACAUCCCAAGUUCUUUUAAAUUCUCCAACUGUAGAUGUUUUUAAAACACCACGAGGUAAAAAUUUGAUGAUGACCGUCACUCCUUCCAGUGAAAUGAUUAAGCAAAGCUUUGCUUCAAAAGAAUUUUUAAAUUGUACUGAAUAUAAUCUUAAUGAUAGCAAUGACAAAUUAGAAAAACUAUUCGAAAGUCCAGUGGCAUUAAAAUUUAAUAAUCAAGAUCUUACGGAAAAAUCGCAAAAUAUGUCGACAAAUCAGCAGGUUUCAGAAUACAGUACACCAGUUAGUAAUUCUAAGCUAGAUAAAAUCGAAGAAUCACCAUUUUCUUCUACAGACAUUAUCACUGAUUUGCCUGAAAUUGAAGUCCAAAAUUGGAUUAAAAAAAUUGAAGUUUCAAAUUUGGAUGAGGAACUUAUCGAUGAUGCGUCUAGACUUCACAAAAGAAAUGUAAGCCUAAAAUCAUCUAUUGAGCAUAGUUUAUCAAUUGAUCCACUGCAUUUAUCUGUAAAUAAAAGUGGUAACACGAUGAAAACUACUGAAAUUAGUGAUCCUUUAAGUCUGUCAGUGGCAGAAGAACAAAAUUUAGAUUUGCUGACUUUAGAUGAAAGAUCAAUGACACCUAUAGAAUCAGAAAUGAGUGGUAUUCAUCUUUUAGAUGAAAGUGAAGAUUCUUUUUCAUUAAAGGUUAGCGAUACAGAAUCUGAAUUGCCAAUAUCACAAAAUUCGAAAAUGAAUAAAAUAGAGGAAUUAAAAUCGAAUGAAACAUUUGAAGCUUUGGUUUUAAGCGAUACAGACAGCGACUUAGCUGAUAUAGAUAAUGAAGACGAAUACCUUAAUUUGAAAAAGUCAAAUUUUACCACCUCUGCAGUAAAAAAAGUUCUAACCAAAAAAACAGAUACUGAAAAACAUCUUGAAUCACCAAAAACAUCCGGUUUUGCAGUUGACAUUAAGAGUAGUGAACAAUCAAAAAUUUCCUAUGAGUACAAUGAUAUGAGUUUGAUGGCAAAUGAAGAUUUAGAAAAUAAAACGAAAAAAAUCAAUGCAUCAAUAGAUAUAAAAACCAUUAAGGUGCCGCUUAAUAUGGAGGACGAUAUGAAAUCUUCUCUGCAAUUAGGAGUUAAUAGUGAUAACACAUCUUUUACGUCCCUCUUGGACGCAGAAAUUAUAGUUGAAUCCAACAUUCAAAGUGAAGAUUAUACAUUAGAUGCGUCGAAAUCUAAAGACGCAAUGUCUUCACAAUACCUAGAUAAUAGAAGUCAAGUAGAUUCGACAGUCCAGUCUAGUAAUGGAAGUGAAGACGCUAUUACAUUAAGUCUUUCAGAGGUCAAAGAUAGAUUCAAUAAUAGUCAAGUUUCUCCUAAAGUUGUAUUGGAAAAGACAGUUGAAUCAAACAUUGCUGCUGAAAAUGUUAAAUUGGAUGUUUCUAUUUGCAGUGAUAAAUUUAUUCCACAAUCUGAAGAAAAUAUGUCGCUAAAAUCCGUGUUGGAAAAAACAGUUGACUCCAACAUUGCAAAUAAAGAAUUAUUCAAAGAAUUUGAUUUAACUGAGUCAUAUGACAAGUCUACACUAAAAUACCAAGAUAAUAGACAUCAAAAGUCUUCUAAGUUUGUGAUAGAAUCCAAUAUUGAAACUGACAAUGAAAUUAUUUUAAAUGAAUGUGAUAAUAAUAAAUCUAUUCUAAAAUCACAAGAUAACACUAUUGAAAAGCCAACUGAAUUUGUGGCGGAAAACAUAGUCAAAUCAAAUAUGAGAAUCGAAAAUGCUGGUGUAACAGAUAUAUCUAAGUCUGAUAAAUCUACUUUACAAUCCCAAGGAAAUAAUGACACUACGUCUACUAAAUUUGUAAUGGAAAAGUCAAUUGAAUCCGUUAUUGAAAGUAAAGAGGCAAAUAUAUCAGAAUUAUCUGAUUCUGAUGAUAAAUUUAUUUCACAAUCAGAAGUCAAUGAUAAAAUCUCUUCUAAACUUGUCCUGGAGAAUAUAGUUGAAUCAGAUAUCGAAACAAGAGAUAUCAUUGGGGUAGAUGUAUCUUUUCUACAAUCUCAAGAUAUUGAUAAUGAAAGUUCUUCUAAAUGUUUUUUGCAAAAAACGGCUGAAUCUAAUAUUAAAAUAAACGAUGUUACUUCAACAGAUCCAGAAUCCCUACGAAGAGGAAAUGAAAUGGCUUCAAAAUAUGUCUUGGAAAAAACAAUGGACUUCAAUAUUGAAAGAAAAGAUGCAAAUGCAUCAAAUGUAUCUAAGUCUAAUGAGGAAAAUGACAUACAAUCUAAAGAUAAUAGUUAUGAAACGUGUUCUAAAAUUACAUUGGAUAUUAAAACUGAAUCUAUUAUUAAAGAAAAUGAUGGAACGUCGGAUAUAUCUGAGCUUGAUAAAUGUACUUCGAAAUCCCAAAGCAGUAGUGAUCAAAUGUUAAAAUUUGUGUUGAAAAAAACAGUUGAAACUGGAGAUGUAACUACAUUAGAAGCAUUUGGCUCUAAUAAUAAAAAUACUUUACAAUCUAAAGAUAAUAAUGAUGGAAUAUCUUCUAAACAUUUGUUCGAAAAAGCAGUUCAAUCAAAUAUUACGUCUGAAGAAACUAUUAAUUUAGAUGUAUCUGAGUCUGAUAAAUUUAUUCUUGAAUCGCAAUCAAAAACACUUUUAGAAAAAAAAGUUAAAUCAAAUAUUGAAGCGGGAAGCUCAAUUGUAUCAGAUGCACUUAAGCCUAAUAAUGAAAAUGACAUACAAUCUCAAGGCAAUAAUGAUGUGGAACCGUCUAAAUGUAUAAUGGAAAAAUCGACUGAAUCGAAUACUGAAAGUGAAGAUACAAUUAUAUUAGAAAUAACUGAGUCUACUGAUAAAUCCACUCUAAAAUCUCCAAAAAAUGGCGAUGAAGCUUCUUCUAAAUUUGUAACAGAAAAGUCAAUUGAAUCGAAUGAUGAAAGUGAAGAUAUAGUUAUAUUAGAAGUAUCUGGCUCUAUGAAUAAAUUUACUUCACAAUCCCAAGGUAAUGAUGAAUUAUUGUCUUCUAAACUUGCGGUGAAUAAAACAGUUGAAUCAAAUGUAGAAACGAAAGAUAUCAUUGAGUUUGAUGAAUCUUUAGGACAAUCUCAAGAUAAUGGAAAUGAAAUAUCUAGUAAAUUAGAAGAAACAGUUGAAUUGAAAACUGAAAGAAGAGAUGCAAUAGCAUUAGAAGUAAGUGAGUCUGAUAAAUCUAUGCUACAAUCCCAAUCAAUUAUCCUGUUUGAAGAAACAAUUGAAUUAAAUAUUGAAAGAAGAGAUGGAAUUGCAUUAGAUGUAUCUGGUUCUAAUAAUGAAAAUGACAUACAAUCUGAAGAUAAUAGCAAUAAAAUCUGUUCUACGAUUGCAUUGGAUAAUACAAAUGAAUCCAAUAGUGAAAUCAAUACAUUUGAAACAAAAGUGGAAACAAGGGACAACAUUGGGUUAGAUGUACCUGUAGUACAAUCUGAAGAUAAUAAUGAUGGAAUGUGUUCUAAAUUUUUAUUGGGACGAACUGUAUUACAUAAUACUGAAAGUGAAGAUACAAUUGCACUAGAAGUAUUUGACUCUAAUAAUAAAAAUACUUUACAAUCUAAAGAUAAUAAUGAUGGAAUAUCUUCUAAACAUUUGUUCGAAAAAGCAGUUCAACCAAAUAUUACGUCUAAAGAAACUAAUAAUUUAGAUGUAUCUGAGACAGAUAAAUUUAUUCUUGCAUCGCAAUCAAAAUCACUUUUAGAAAAAAAAGAUGAAUCAAAUAUUGAAGCGGGAAGCGCAUUUGUAUCAGAUGCACUUGAGCCUAAUAAUGAAAAUGACAUACAAUCUCAAGGCAAUAAUGAUGUGGGACCUUCUAAAUGUAUAAUGGAAAAGUCAAUUGAAUCGAAUACUGAAAAUGCAGACACAAUUAUAUUAGAAGUAUCUAACUCUACAGAUAAAUCUACUCUACAAUCUCAAGAUAAUAAUGAAAGAAUGUUUUGUAGUUUUGAAAUGGAUAAAUCAAUUGAAUCCGAUACUAAAAAUGGAGAUGCAAUUAAAUUAGAAGUAUCUGACAUUACGGUUAAUAAUGAUAAAAUGUCUUCUAUAUAUGCAAAGGGGAAAUCAAUUGAACUCAAUACUGAAAGUAGAGAUGCAAUUAUAUUAAAAGUAUCUGACUGUAACGAUAAAUCUAGUCUACAAGCUCAAGAUAAUAUUGAUGGAAUGUCUUCUAAUUUUGUAAUGGAAAAGUCAAUUGAAUCGAAUACUAAAAGUGGAGAUGCAAUUAUAUUAGAAGAAUGUGACUCUACAAGUAAAUCUACUUUACAAUCCCAAGGCAAUGAUGAAUUAUUGUCUUCUAAACUUACGGUGAAUAAUAAAGUUGAAUCAAACUUGGAAACGAAAAAUACCAUUGGGGUAGGUGAAUCUAUGGAAAAAUCCCAAGAUAAUACAAAUGAAAUAUCUAGUAAAUUAGUGUCUAGUAAAUUGGAAGAAACAGAUGAAUUAAAUAUUGAAAGAAAAGAUGCAAUAGCAUUAGAAGUAUUUGAGUCUGAUAAAUCCAUGCUACAAUCCCAAUCAACAAUCCUGUUUGAAGAAACAGUUGAAUUAAAUAUUGAAAGAGGAGAUGCAAUUGCAUCAAAUGCGUCUGGAUCUAAUUAUGAAAAUGACAUACAAUCUGAAGACAAUAGCAAUAAAAUCUCUUCUACAAUUGCAUUGGAUAAUGCAAAUGAAUCCAAUAUUGAAAUCACUACAUUGGAACUAAAUGUGGAAACAAGGGACAACAUUGAAUUAAAUGUGGCUUUAAUACAAUCGCAAAGUAAUGGGAAUAAAAUAUUAAACAAAUGUGAAAUGGAAAAGACCCUGAAAUCCAAUAUUAAAGAAAAUUCUAGUGCAUCGGAAGUAUGUGAGUUUGAGAAAUCAACUCCACAAACCCAAAGCAAUAGUAAUCAAAUUAUGUUCAAAAAAAAUGUUGAAUACAAUAUUGAAGGUGGAGAUUCAAUUACUUUAAAUACAUUUGACUCUAAUGAUAAAGGUGCUACUACAUUUGAUGUAUCUGAAUUGAAAAAUAUAUCUACUGUAGAUCACCAAAAUCAUAGUCAUGAAAUAUCUCCUAAAUUGGUGCCAGAGACAGCAGUUGAGUCGAAUAUUCAAGAUGCGACUGAGUCACUUAUAUCUGAAUCGAUUAAUAAAUUUACACUGACACAGGAAAAUAACAUGAAUGAAAAGUGUUCUAUAUUCGGUUUGGAAGAGACAGUUCAACCAAAUACUAGAGGUGAAAAAUGUAGUUCACUAUCUAAAGAUGAUAGCGAUCAAAAGUAUGGAGAAUUAGUGUUGAAAGUAACAGUUGAAUCUAAUAAUGAAAGGGAAGAAGAGUCUAAUGCUACAUCAACUUUGCAAUCCCAAGAUAAUAUUGCACAAAAGUCCAGUGAUUUUAUUUUAGAAAAUACAGUCUCGUUUAAUAUUGAAGCCAAUAUUGAUAAGUCUACUGAUAGUUUUGAUGCACUUACAAUAAUAAGUAAAACUGAUAACACUGAUAAAAAAAAAGAAAUAGACGCUAAUAAGGUACAUAAAGUAUGUGACGAAUUCCUUACAGUGGCGACUGAAACGCAAAGAAAAAAAUCCGUAAACGAAAACAUAAAUGACAGUAAAGAUAUUAUAAAAGCUGCACCAAGACGUGGAAGAAGGAAAUUAGUAGUACAAGAUGAACCAGAACCGAAAGAAAUUUUACAAAAGAAAAUUACAAAAAUAAUAAAACCAAUUUCGAAACUUAAUGAAUUUGUUCAUAACAAUAAAGAAACAGUAAACAAUCAAGAAGAUAUUCCAGAAGAAAAUAAGAAUAAGACUGUAGGGAAAUCUCGAAGAGGAAGAAAACGAGCAAUAAAUUAUGCAGAACCUUAUAUAUCUCCAUCUAAAGAUAUUGAGGUCAGUCCAACUUCUAAAAAUAUUGAAAAACUAUCGGUAAAUAAAUUGAAAGAGGAUGAACUUGAGACUUCUCUAAAAAAUAUCGAAGUUAUGUAUAACGCGACAGCAAGCAAAACUGCGAAAGAAAAGUCAACCAUUUCUGCCACAAAGGGACGGAUUGAUAAAAACGCUGUGGAAGAAGAAAUUAAAGAACCAGAUCAAAUUUCUACAUCUCGACGUGGUACCAAAAGAAAACCAAUGAUAGUAACUAAUAUGGACGAUAUUCCAAGUUCAUCUCAACUUUUCGAAGAAAUUGCAGUUACUAAAAUGUUAAUUAAUGUUGAAAAUGACCAUGAUACGGUUAAUGCAGAAAUAUCUACACAUAGUAAUAAACGUGGAAAAAGGCAGGACAUUCAUAAGAAGAAACAAGAUGAAAUUGUAAUUUUUACGGAACAGGAUAUUUCUCAAAUGCCGACAACAUCAAAACGAGGUAGGACGAAGAAAAAAGAUAUGGAGGAAAAAAUUAUUGCAGGAGAUGAGAAAAUGAAAACUGUUGAGAGUUUAACUGUUAACAAAAGACACAGCCAUGACAAACAGGAAGCAGAGAUUUCAAAAAGACCAAAAUUAUCUACAGGUGGAGAUAUAGAACUAGAAGAUAAAAUAAAUAUUACUAAAGAUACAACUUCUACUACUAAACGCGGGAGAAGGAAGGUUGUCUAUCAAAAAGAUUCCGGAAAUGUCAGUAUUCAUCAAGAUAAGACUGAUAUUUUCUUAAAUAUUGAAAGCAGCUCAACACAUUUACCAAGCAAACGUAAAAUUAUUGAAAUUGAAGAGCCUAUGGUAGCGACUAAAGAAGUGGAAAAUUCCUUAAAUACCAAUAAUCCCGCAAAACGAUCACAUAGAAAUAAAAAAGUAAUUGACAAAGAUAUGCCUGAAUCAGCACAGUCCGAAGGAGAUGUAUUAUCAAAAGUAGAUGCUAAAAAUGAAUUAAAAGAUAAAUCGGUGAAUUCAAAAGCAACGAAUACGAAUAUGGAAACAGUACUCAAAAAAGUUAACAAUCUUAAGGAGCAUAAUGCCGAAAUUGAAGAAGUUGAUAAACAACAACAAACAAGCUUGAAUGAUAUAGCAACAGCAAUAGCAACCAGUAAGGAUUCUAAUCUUAUUGUAAAGGAACACAUAAAAACUCGUAAUGGCCGAAAAGCCAUUUCUUCACAUAAUGAAGAAAGUAUUGCUAAAACAUCAAAAAAGUCAAAUAAACUAAAUACUUCAGAUAUUGACGAGCAAAGAAAGCGUAACGUACCCAGACGUGCGGCAACAGCUAAGAACUAUGAUGAAAGUUCAGACAUUGAAACAAAUAUAAAAAUAACUGACAGUGAAAAAACAAUAAAAACAGAAAUAGCUACUACUAGCAGAGGUAGAACUCGAAAACCAAUAGCACUUGUUCAAGAAUAUCUGGAAAAAGCACGUUCGAAAACUGACUCCCCUAAAAAAAUAGUACAACUAGAAGAAAAUCCUAUGAUAAAGAAUCAAAAUAAUGAAAGAGAAUUAAAAGCAACGGCAACAGUUGAUACAAUUAGUAACAAGCGGACUCGUAGUGCUAAAGCUGUAACAGAGACAAAUGUUAAAGAAUCUGCUAAUGAGAGAGUGGAUCGACAAAAAAUGACAAGUUCGAUUUUACUCACAGGAGAAGUUAUAUCAACACAUACUGAAAAUGAAAGUCCAAUGCGUAAAAGAGGACGAAAACCAACUGCUACAAAGACAAAUAUGAAAAAAAUGUCUACAGCUCCUACAGAAGCUAUAGUUGUAAAAGAAAUUCAAGAGAAAACAGAAGAAGCUAUUGAUAAACCAGAUCUUAAAAUAACUAGUAGAAAUGAGAAAGAUGACAAACAAAAAAUUAAAAGUUUAACUUUACCCACAGAAGACGUUAUAUCAACUCAUAUUGAAAAUGAGGGUCCCAUACGUAAAAGAGGACGAAAAGUAACUUCUGCGAAAACAAAGAUAGCGGAACCGUCUAUAACUCCAACAAAAUCUGAUGUUGUAGAAAAGAUUCACGAACAAACGGAACAAGUUAUCAAUAAAAAAAAAUCUACACGAAGUAAAAAAGUCAGUUUUGAACUUGAAACUCAAGAAGCGGUAAAAGUUAAGCGCACAACAACGCGUACAAAAAAGAAAUAAAUUCAUUAAACAAAUUCUUGAAAGUUUUUAUAUUAUUCAUAAAUUGUUAUUUAUAUGUUUUUAAUCUACCAUUGUUUUUUAGACUAUAUAAGUUUAAACUAAAAAGCCCUUUUUUAAAUAAAAAUUCCAU